AUGGCCGCCAUCUUCCAAUCCCAGAAAUCUGCUCUCAUUACCGGCGCAGCAUCCGGCGUCGGCUUCGCCAUUGCCAGAGUAUGCCGUUCCAAAGGCAUGCACCUGGCGCUGCUCGAUAUCGACACUGCCAAUCUGGAAAAAGCGAAAAACGAGUUAUCUGCUCUCGACUCCUCGCUGAAAACAGAGAUCUACACCAUUGACGUUGGUAACCGGGACGCCUGGAAGGACGUCACAAAGCAGAUCCACUCGACGUUCAACGACCUCGAUCUUGUCGUUCUCAAUGCAGGCAAAUCAUACAAAGCGCAGAGUGAGCUGGCAGGACGACUGAAACCAUGGGCUGACGCCGAUUACUGGAAGAAGACAUUCGACACAAACGUCUUCGGUCCUUUGAACGGACUGGAAACUCUCCUUCCGCUGCUGACCAGCUCAUCGCCAACUCCAAAAUCGAUCGUCAUCACCGGCUCCAAGCAGGGCAUCACUAACCCUCCUGGAUCCGCUAACCCGGCGUAUAACGCCUCCAAGGCGGCCAUCAAGAUUCUGACCGAGCAUCUGGCGCAUGAUCUGCGGUCCGAUCCAGCUACGGCUCAUAUUUCGGUGCACCUGCUAAUUCCCGGCUGGACCUGGACUGGUCUUAUGGGGAAUGUCGGGCCUACGGACGAGAGUAACGUCAAGAAGAUGGAGGGGGCGUGGUUUCCUAGUCAGGUUGCGGAGGAGUUGGUCAAGGGAAUGGAGAAGGGGUCGUUCUACAUCGUCUGUCCUGAUAAUGAGACGGAUAGAGCUCUGGACCAGGCGAGGAUGCAGUGGGCGAGUGACGAUGUGGUUGAGGAUCGGCCUGCGUUGUCACGAUGGGAGGACAAGUGGAAGGGGAGAGCGGAGGAGUGGAUUCAGAGUGAGGCUAAGAGGAGAAGAGAUGCUUGA